AUGAAAUCCUUCAGACCAAUCCUCUUCCUUCUCGGCUUCCUCUUCACCUGGCUGGGCUCCAAGGCCGCCCCUACGGUCUCACUGCCUGCGGGCUCCGAUUUCUUGGGGAUAGACCACCCCUCCCAGCCCUACCCUCCGGCUUCUGAAAAUUCCAGUCUCUAUGGACCUAACCCAGAAUCCCCAGGGGCUGCUUAUCCUGAGCCCUCCAAGACACCUCAGGCGGUUUCCCCUGAGCCCUCCCCCCUUGCCUUCACUGAGACCCCCAGUACUGACUUCCAAGAAACCUCCCAGCAGGAGCCUCCUAAGACCCCCAAACCUAACUCAUUCAACACCUCACCAGAGUCCCUGGACACCCUCCAAAUUAACCCCUCAAAAAUGAUAUAUCCAGAACCAUCUGAGACCCCCAAAGCUGACCUGACUGAACUUCCACACACAGAAUCCCCUGAGGCCUCUACACCUAAUUCCUCUAAAACCGCACACCCAGCAUUUUCUGAGACCCCAAACCCUGACCCUACCCAAACUCCACACCAAGAGUCCCCAGGGAUUUCCAAGGUUAACUCCCCUGAGAUAUCACUUGCAGAAACCCCUGAGACCCCAAAUUCUGACCCCACCAAAAUCUUUGACCUCAAAUCUCUGGAAACCCAUGACUCUGACACACCAAGCUCUAAAUUCCUCCAGACCCUCCAUCCUGACCCUACUGAAACACCCCACCUGGCAUCUCAUAUAGGCCACAAGCCCAACCCCACCGAGAUUCUUCAAACAAAAUUCCCCACAACCUUCUACCAAGACUCAACAGAGAUCCCCACGGCCUCUGACCCUGAAAUCUCCACUAGCCUUGCCCCAGAAACUCCUGCACCCUUCAAAGAAGAAAUUACUGCUCUUAAUGAGCAAUCCCUGAAUCCCAAACCAGAAGCACUUGCAGCCAACCAGCCCACCGUCCUUAAAUUGCCCACCUCAGUUUCUCCCAGGACAGUUGAUCUGAAAGCCCCCCAGAACUCUAGCCCUAAAGGGCCCGAAGCCCCUCCUCCCUCAGCACGGAUUGCAGGGCCCCCUGCUCCUCCAGGGCCCCCCAGUCAGCCGGCCCCAGCCACUCCACGGGCCCCUCAGCGGCGCAGCCGAGGUGAGAGAGUCAACACUAUCAUCGUGUUGGAGAGAGUGCAGGAGACCGGCGUGACCCUGGUGGGCCGUCCCCGGGGCGUGGCAGGCGGGGCCCUCUGCCUAUUCCUCGCCGGGAUCGGGCUGCUUAUUGGCAUUUUCCUGUUGCUGUGGUGUCUCUACCGCCGGGCGGCUCGACACCGGGCCUUCGCACACCACCGGCUCCCGAACGACGGAGAUGAACCGGUUAUACAUUUGGACGCCCCGAAGGAACCCUACGACCUCUACUUUUACGCGCCGGACGCCUGGGUCCCUUCACACAUCGCUACCAAGCAGCCACCGCCCACCCCGCCACUGCCCCCCAAGCUGCCUCCGCCGCCCCGCGGGGGCCGCCCCCAGCGCCUAGAACCGCUCUCCCCUGCCACACUUCCAAACAACUUCCUGUGA